AACUUCAUUUAAUAUAGACGUGUUUACGAGAAAAAUAUAUUAAAAAUAUAGACAAAAAGUAUUAAAACAUGAAACAAAAGAUUGACAUCGAUGAAGAUGUAUCCUCUAUAUGUGAAUCAACGGCCUCACUGACAGAAGGAUGCAGACUUUCAGUGCGUAUGCAUAAAACAGACGAUUGGCCCCUGGCAGAAAUCGUUAGUAUAAAGGACCAUGAUGGCAAAAGACAAUUUUAUGUCCAUUAUGUUGAUUUUAACAAGCGCUUGGACGAAUGGGUAACGGAAGAAGAUUUAGAUACACGAAAAGUGCAAUUUCCCCGGCGAGAUGGUACACAAACUGGUGCCAGCACUGGUGUCACCACUCCCAAAAAACAUCUUUCAGUGGCUGGUAGUGUUUCUCGGCCUACUUCGCCCCAACCCUCAGGUGGUGAAAUGGUCAAUGGAAAUGCAGUCCUGGCAGCAGCAUUACAGAAAAAAAUCAAUAGAAAAAGAAAAGUAAAUUCUGUUCCAGUGCCUCUAAAGGAGGAAAUAGUUGUUCCUAAGAAGAAUUGUAAUAUUUUACAGAUUAAUUCUACACCUUUGCCGCUGUCAGCACCACCAGUGGUAGCUGCUACAGUGGCACCCACAGAGUCUUCUCCGGCCACUAUACCAGUGACCACUAAUGAAGAAGGUUCACAGGAUGGUAAAAACGGCACCCCAAGACAAUCAGGUAGUAUGGUCACUAUACAUCAAGACGAUGUAGUGACACGUAUGAAAAAUAUUGAAAUGAUAGAAUUGGGUAAACACCGCAUAAAACCUUGGUAUUUUUCCCCAUAUCCGCAGCAAUUUCAGGAACUGUGCCAAAUGCCGUGCAUUUACAUAUGCGAAUUUUGUUUGAAAUAUCGUAAGAGUCGAAAGUGUCUGGAAAGGCAUUUGGUCAAAUGCAAUCUACGUCACCCGCCUGGAAAUGAAAUUUAUCGCAAGAGUACAAUAUCAUUCUUUGAAAUUGAUGGCCGCAAAAAUAAAGUGUACGCUCAGAAUCUGUGUUUGUUGGCUAAACUUUUUCUGGAUCACAAAACAUUGUACUAUGAUACAGAUCCAUUUUUAUUUUACGUCAUGACGGAAUACGACAACCGAGGCUUUCAUAUAGUGGGCUACUUUUCGAAGGAAAAAGAGAGUACAGAAGACUACAACGUUGCUUGUAUUCUGACCAUGCCUCCCUACCAGCGUAAAGGAUACGGUAAAUUACUUAUAGAAUUCAGUUAUGAGUUAUCCAAAUUUGAAGGUAAAACUGGAUCCCCCGAAAAGCCUUUAUCAGAUUUGGGUCUGCUUUCUUAUCGAUCUUACUGGGCACAAACAAUAUUGGAGAUAUUUAUCAGUCAAAAACCAACAAAUGAUGGCGAAAAGCCAACCAUAACAAUCAAUGAUAUUUGCGAAGUAACUUCCAUCAAAAAGGAAGACGUUAUUUCUACACUGCAGAACCUGAAUCUUAUUAACUAUUACAAGGGACAAUAUAUUGUUUGCAUUAAUCGUGAUACCAUAGAUCAGCACAAAAAGGCCAUGGACAAGCGAAAAAUACGCAUAGAUUCAAAGGCUCUGCACUGGACCCCAAAAGACUGGUCUAAACGAUCCAAGUGAAUUGAAUGUGUAGAAAGAACCUAAUGAUACUUCCCCCCACUGAAAAUAACUUAACAAAUACUAUUAAUAAGAUAAGAAAUAAAUGCACUGCAGGCUGGUGGAAAGAUGUGAGACACGUCCUUUUGCCAGACACUGCAUUUAUAAUAUAAAAUAA